AUGGCUACAGGAGGAAUGUACGGCGCCAUCGAGCCCUUCUCGGGAAAGUCCUGCAACGAAGAGAAGAAACGGGCCCUCCUCCUCACGCUAUGCGGCGCAGACACCUUCGAGACUGCGUGUGCGCUGGUCGCGCCGAAAACCCCUGGAGAGGUCAGCUUCAGCGAGCUGGUCACACUUCUCCAGCGGCAUUUCGAUCCGAGACCAUCGGAGCUUUACGGCCGGUACGUGUUCCAGCGACGAGACCAAAACCCCGGCGAAUCGAUAAGCAGCUAUGUCGCAGCCCUCAAGAGUUUGACAGUGGACUGCAACUUCGGUGUGCUAGCGGCUGCGCCUGCAACAUCGACAUCGUCAGGGGGAAGUCAAGAGCCCGUUUCACAACGGAACCCAACAAUGCUGCCACAGGACGUAAUGCUGCGAGACAGAUUCGUUUGCGGCAUCCGCGACGAACAUCUCCAACAGCGCCUCUUUGCAGAAAAGGAGCUGUCCUUCCAACGUGCUUUGGAUAUAGCCCUAUCAGCGGAGAGUGCGUCAAGGCAGCAGCGGGGAAUCAAAGCGGCAACGAACUCCGGAGAGAUCAACAAGGCUACUCCCAACAAGCAAGAAGAAAAAAAAACGCCUUCCCGACGCCGUUGCUACCGAUGUGAUGGCUGGCACGACCCUUCGACGUGCAAAUUCAGAACAGCAGAGUGCCGUUUUUGCGCCAAAGUCCACGGAAUCAACCAGGUGGAAAAUCCAACAGAUGAGAUCAGGGAAGUCAUCUCACGACACACAGACGUGUUCAGAGAGGACAUUGACGGCUACACAGGCCCCUUGAUUCACCUGGAAUUGGAAGAAGACGCAAGCCCCAAGUUUUGUAAGGCUCGUCCUGUGCCUCUUGCCCUGCAGGGGCUUAUGGAAGAUGAACUUGAUCGCCUGCAACAUCAGCGCAUCCUUUCACCGAUACAGCAUUCCAACUGGGCGACACCGCUGGUCCUCGUUCGGAAAAAUGACGGAACAUUGCGUGUGUGUGGUGACUACAGGAGCACUGUUAAUGCAGCGGCGAAGAAGGCCUCCUACCCUCUUCCAACUACAGCGGAGGUGUUCGCGAAUUUGCGCGGCGGAACCCUCUUCUCGACGUUGGAUUUGUACCAAGCCUACCAACAGCUGAAAGUCGGCGACGAAACAGCAGCGCUCCUCACAGUGAAGACGACCAAGGGACUGUUUAAAGUGAAUCGGCUCCCGUUCGGAGUAUCUGCCGCACCUGCCAUCUUCCAGCGCAUGAUGGAGGUAACACUGGCCGGAAUUCCCGGGACGCGUCACCGUAGGGUAUUGGUGCGGUACUGGCUCAAGAAGACGCUCUUGGCCGAGAGGCACCCAUAG